AUGAGCGAUUGUCGCUCGAAGCAACCCCCCAAGGUUCUUCAAAACUCCAACAGCUGUUUCACGUCUGUCGUGCUGUCCAAAAUCCGACGCAUUAGGGUGUCCGUCGGGAUCCCUGGUCGAACACGCAGCCCUGAUCAUGUCUCCGGGCUUCGCUUCGAGUUUUGGGACUCUAAAGUCCCGGUCUAUGUUGGCCAAUGGUUCCACGAGGUUAGCAGCUUAUGUGUCGAGCGCGGUGAAAGGAUUACCGGCUUUACCUUCUGGCAAGCACAGGAAAGCCACCCGAACGAUGCCGAUUUUGAUAACAGCGGCAGGAUCACUGGGAUCAGGAUUUCCAAGCUGACUCUCGGGCAUAAAGAAAUUGCGUUUCAUUUCGGAGGUAAAGAUGACAUACUUGUGUACUCUUUCGUUGAGAACUCCUACGAGAGAUUGAGUGGCCUUGCAUGGAGCUUUGAUCACCAGUGUGGCUACAUCUACGCCUGCACCCAGCCUCGUCCAGGAACCUCUUUGAUGUUACACGGCAUUACCGACAGCCGCAUGCCGGGUAUGCUAUGCUGGCAGUUUCAGGGUAGCAAGGGAAACUGGCUGCAAGUUUCCGGUAUUGACGCCUUUUUCAUUGACCGCAAAUUCUCGGGACUCGUAUUCGAGUACUGA